CAUAACAUGUGGAUUUGAAUAUCAUAUGCAUGGACAUAAAUAAAGAUAUAUAAAAUUAUAUGAUUAUUGUAUUUCUUAUGAUAUUUUUCAUUUUGGAAGCUAUCUGGUCCCCUAUACAAAGGUUGAUGGACAAAACAUGGAUCGAUAAUGAUGCUAGGUACAAACCAUGUUUCACAAAUUGAAUGACACACAUGGUUAAAAUGUCAUUUAACAUAAAAAUAUUGUAGGCACAGCAAGGCAUAUUUGCAAGGAGUGAAUGGUUUCUUAGCUUUUGCAUUUAGAAAUUCAGCAGUAGGAAGUAAGAUUUUAUGCCCCUGCAGAAAGUGUGUCAACUCAUUUUGGAAAGAGGCAAGUGAAGUACGUGAGCACUUGAUAUGUGAUGGGUUUCUUAAAGGGUACAUGAUAUGGAACUUACAUGGAGAAGCUAGCUCUUCCGUGAAUCAUGGGAACUAUGACGAUGCUGAGGUUAUAGAGGAGCCUAACGAAGAUGAUGACAUAUCUGGUUUGCUUAGAGAUUUAGCUGCUGGUUUAGAUGAUAAAGGUGAUUUUGAGGACAACAGUUCCAUUAUUGGGUGUUGUGAUGAGCUAGCGGCCAUUGAAAAAUUGGUAGGAGAAAACAGAAAAGAGUUGUAUCCUAAUUGCAAGAAAUAUACACAACUGCGUUUCCUAGUUAGAUUGCUUCACAUCAAACUCCUUGGAGGAUGGACUGAUAGAUCUAUGAACCUGCUACUAGAUCUACUUAAUGAUGCACUCCCUAAGGGUUCAACAUUACCUAAGAGCUUUUAUGAAGCUAAGAAAUUGGUGAAAUCUGUAGGAAUUGGAUACAAUAGUAUUCAUUCAUGUGAAAAUGAUUGCAUUCUUUAUUCGAAGGAUAAUGCAAAAUUGAAUUCAUGUCCAAAAUGUAAGGUUUCACGUUGGAAAUCAAUAAGGAAGAGUCUAGAUGGGAAACAUAUAUACAAGGUUCCUAGAAAGGUUCUCCGCUACAUUCCAAUAACAAGAAUGCUCCAAAGGCCAUUCAUGACCCCUAAAGUAGCAGGUCUAGCAAGAUGGCAUGAUGAACACCGGAUAAAAGAUGGUUUGCUAAGGCAUCCUGCAGAUUCACCUUUAUGGCGAGACUUUGAUAGAAAACAUCCAGAGUUUGCAGCAGAUAGCCGAAAUAUUCGUCUAGCAUUUGCAACUGAUGGCUUUAAUCCAUUCAGGAGCAUGAAUGUUAGCUAUAGUGUUUGGCCUGGCAUUUGUAUUCCAUAUAAUUUCCCCCCUUCAAUGUGCAUGAAGCAAUCAAAUUUCAUCCUUUCUUUGCUGAUUCCUGGCCGAAAUAGUCCUGGUAGUGACAUGGAUGUCUAUUACCAGCCACUUGUAGAUGAUUUAUUAUAUAUGUUUGUUAAUGGAGUUAGAACCUAUGAUGCUUCAAAGGGUGAGUUUUUCCAGCUGCGAGCUGCAGUAAUAUGGACUAUUACAGAUUUCCCUGGCCUAGGAUAUGCAUCUGGAUCUGUCACAUCAGGUGAAGCAGCAUGUCCUGAUUGCCAUUACUACACGAGUUCACUUAGACUUGGAAAUGGUAGCAAGACUUGCUAUAUGGACCAUCGCAGAUUUUUGGAUGAAAACCACCCAUUUAGAUUUGAUGUUGACAAAUUUGGUUGUACUGAGUUUAGGGCAGCACCUACUCCACUAUCGGGAGAGGAAAUAUUGGAGUGCACUAAACAUCUUAAUCCAAUUUUUGGCAAGGACCCAUCCGGGAAGAAACCAACAAGCAAGAGACGCAAGAAAGGGGAACCAUUAGUCAUUUUCAAAAGGAGAUCUAUUUGGUUCGUGCUACCAUAUUGGAAAGAUUUAAUGUUGCGACAUAAUUUUGACUUCAUGCACAUAGGAAAGAAUGUGAGCGAAAGCUUAAUUAAUACAUUCAUGGGCACUGAUGGGAAAUCAAAGGAUAACUUGAAUUCUCGGUUGGACCUUCAAGCUUUAGGUAUUAGAAGUGAUCUUCAUCCUAUUAAAGUUGAAGACCAAUUUUAUUUACCACCUGCACCUUACUCAAUGAGUCCUGAUGAGAGGAAAUUAUUUUGUCAAGUACUUAAAGGUGUGAAGUUUCCUGAGGGUUAUGCAUCCGAUAUACGUCAUAAUGUACAUGUUAAUGAGAGAAAGAUAUUUGGGCUUAAGAGUCAUGAGAACCAUAUUAUUCUACAAGACUUGUUGCCGCUUGCAUUGAGGAAAAUAUUACCAGAAAUAGUUAGUGCUGGAGUGAUUCGUAUAAGUAAUUUUUUCAAGAAACUUUCAUCACCUGUCAUUCGAAUAAGCGAUAUGGAAAAGCUUGAGGCUAAUAUAGCUGAAACCCUGAGCUUUCUUGAGACCGUUUUCGUGCCUUCAUUUUUUGAUAUCAUGGUACACUUGAUGGUACAUCUUCCUACCCAAGCAAGGAUAGCUGGUCCCGUCCAUUUUCGUAGCAUGUGGCCCAUAGAGAGGUAUCUAAUGAGAUUGAAGGGUUCUGUUCAUACAAAGAGUCACUGUGAGGGAUCAAUUAUGGAAUGGUCUAUGUUUACUGAGUGUCUUACAUUUUGUGCUCGCUAUUUACAUGGUGAGACUCAAUUGAACCAUCAAGUUAGAUAUGAGUAUGACGAAGAUUGUACUACAACUCCUUUCUUCCAUACCAUUGGCCAAGGAUUGGCUGGGAAGUGUUUAGUUAAUUUAGACCAUAAAACAUGGCUACAAGCUCAUAGAUAUGUUUUGUUCAACUACGACAAUAUAACCCCUUACUUGGACAAGCAUGCUCACUAUUUGUCCUCAAUUGGUCAUCGAAAUAAAAGAGAUAUCAACCGCUUACAGCAUGAAUCCUUUCAUGAGUGGUUUAGGUUGCAUGUAAGUAUAAGGAUAAUUCUUACCAAAUGUCUUUUGAGAUUAUUUUGCACACACAUUAAUAGUGGCAUUUCAAUCCCAUAGGUACAGGAAAUGUGUGGGGAAGCACAAGAUGAGAUUAAAAUUUUAGCUAAAUCACCAAUGACGGUUGCAAAUAAGUAUAGUAGCUAUAACAUGAACGGGUUCAACUUUCACACAGCAUCAUAUGAUGAGGGUAGACCUAUUCAAAAUAGUGGGGUUGUUGUGGUUGCGGAGUCAACAAUCUUUGACAAGGGCAGCAAUGAUAACAUUAUAAUAGGAAAGAAAACCUAUUUUGGUAUUAUCAAGGAAAUUAUUGAACUAAACUAUCACCAUAAAGGAAAUGUGGUGCUCUUCAAAUGUGAUUGGGUUGACAACCGUGUGCAAGACAAAUGGGUCAAAAUUGAUCGGUUAGGCAUCACAACUGUGAACUUUAAGCAUUUAUUCAAUACAGGUGACAAAUUAUCUGACGAGCCUUUCAUUUUAGCAUCACAAGCAGUUCAAGUGUACUAUGUUCCAGAUCCAGUUGAUACUGAGUGGGCUGCUGUUGUUCACUCUAAACCAAGAGAUGUGUUUGAUUUGGAUAAUUUGGAUAAUGAGCAUACCGAUUUUGAUAAUGGAGUAUUUGUGCCAUUAUUUGAUCUGAAUGCAAAUGUAACUGUUGAUAUUGUUAAUGGUGUUGUCCCCACUACUAGAAGAGAUAUAGAUGGUUACUUUGUUGAUCCAAAAAAAUCUAAAAAAAAAUCUACAAAGAAAGAUGGCAAGCGGAAGAAGAAGGGAUAAGGAUGCCUCCCUUAACGAGUACGAGGAACAACGACUUGCAACCAUCGCAGAAAACAAAAGGCGAUUGGAAGCUCUUAAUAUCCCUACUUUGAGCAAUAUGAAUCAACAUGGUAGAACUACAAAAAGAACUAAGAGGAUUCAUAACACUAGUGAUGUAGCAACUGAAGGUCACAAUCUGCGUGCAAGGCCACAAAAGAAUUGUGUUGAAAAUGGAAAUGAACAAAUUAAUGAAGACCUUGGUUGUGAAUCAAUUGGAGAUUUCUUAUGUGAUAAUGAAGAUUCACGCAACAUCGCAGAAAAGAAGAGGAAAGGAAGGGGUAUCACUAGAUUGGAUGAAAUAUUUGCAAGGAAGCCCAGCAUGCCUAAAAUCAAAGUAGAACUCAAUAAAUAUGGUCAGCCUAUUGGGGACAAUUGUAGAAGGUUUUCUAGUGCUCUUGGCUGCCAUGUGAGAAGGAAAUUAUCAGUUGGUUGUUCUGACUGGAGACUUGUGGAUCCUCAAAAGAAGUAUGAGGUGUGGGAAGAUAUGAAGAAAAUUUAUGAUAUCGAUGAUGCUGCCUUCAGUUGGUUUAUGGAUAGCGCCGGAAGGAAAUGGAAGGAUUUUAAGUCAACAUUAAAGCAUCAAUUUUUUGAUGAAAACAUAUCAGAUGCAGACCUAAAGGAAAGACAUAAAGGUAGAGUUAAUGAUGAUGAUUGGAAGUUUCUCAUAGAAUAUUGGAGGUCAUCUGAAUCUGAAACUCGCUCAGAAAUAGCAAAAGAAUGUCGUUCAAAGGUGGGAAAUCAUCACACUUCAGGCAGCAAGAGCUUUGCUUGUUCUGCGCAUGAACUAGCUAAUAAACUAAGGCGUUCUCCAAGAAGAGAUGGGGUUUAUAUCAAGACACAUACAAGAAAAAAUGGAGUUCCAUCAAGACAUGCAGAACCAAUUAUUAAUAAAUUGAAAGCCAUAGUUGAAGCCCAUCCAGAGUUGAAGCAAAGAACAAUUCAAGAGGGCGAUGCAUUUGCUGCUGCUUGUGGAGAAAAGGAGCCAAGAGGACGUGUUCGUGCUUUGGGUUUAGGACCAACUCCCCAAGAUGUUGGUACCCCAGGGUUGAAGUGUUACACACCCACAAGACUGCAGAUGGAAGGUUUGGCCCGUAAAAAGGCUGAAUGUGAGAAAGUAGCUCUUCAACAACGCAUAACUGAAUUGGAGCAGCAAAUGCAAGAGGAAAGGGUGGCAAGGGAAUUGCAAGAUGUGGAACUCAUUUCAAAUAAUGGUUCAAAUUCACGACAGAAUGGGAGCCGAAGGUAUGAAGAGCAUGAUGUGGAGGCGCACCAUGACGCUCAAUUUGUAGAAGAUGAAGAUUGUGCAGAAAAUCACAUCAAUCAUCACUGUGAUGAUGGUGAGCAACACCAUCAAAACAGUCCUGUUGGUGCAGCCCCGACAGUGCAACACCAUCAAAGCAGUCCUAUAGGUGCAGUCCCACCAAAGCAUCCUCGACGGUGCAUCACUACGAGUUUAGCCCACCCAGUCCCACCAAGGAAUGAGCCCCCCUCUCGCAUUCAACAUGAUGAACUUGUUGGAAAGGAUGUAAUAUUAUAUGCCAUUAUUGGACCUGAGCAACCUGUGGCUAAGGGAACAAUUGUUUCAACUAAUCCUAACACUUUGCUGGGAGGUGUGCCUCUUGGGAAAGAAUAUUGUGAAGUUAUUGUGAACACUGUAUUGAAAAGGGAUGCCAUUUUGCCUUGUCCUUAUGGUUAUGUAGAGACGAUGGCCGAUGCUCAUCAAAUGUCAGUUGCUUGGCUUUAUAAGAGGAUGAAGAUUAGCAAGGCAUCAGGAUCACCCCAAGGUAUUGGAGGUGGAUGGCACUAGAGGCAAGCUGCAGUUGGACAAACAAGAGACUGACAGAGCAUUUUGUAGACAAUGAGUCCUGAUUUGUAGCUAAACAUGUCAUGACAUGGCAUUGCUAUAUGUAGGAUUUUUUGUUUGAGACUCAGAGAUGAAUCAUUUUGUAGAUUGAGUCCUGAUUUUGGUUAGCUAAACAUGUAACAGCUGCUAUCAUGAAUCCUAUUUUGUUGUAGCUAAACAUAUAAUGGCUGCUAUCAUGAAUCC